AUGGGCGACAUCUACUCCGGCGCAUCGAUGGUACAGGCUUACCUUGGCAUAUUCCCUUCUUCCGAAAUGCCCAGCGCUGCUAUGUCCAAGGCCAUCAUGCGUCACAACAUCUGGUCUCGAAGCUGGAUCAUACAGGAGCUAGUAAGGUCUCGUGACUACAUGUUGCUCAUUGGCCCGGAGCAUGAAAUUGGCGGCCAUGCUUUCCGAGAAGACGUUUGGACAGAAGUCAGAAUACUUGAGCUUGCUGGAACCUACGGAAAUCAGGCUGCCAAUAACGUCAGUAGCAUGGUUAGCUACUGGUACCAACUAGUGCGCUUCGGGCGGCUUCCGCACAUCCUUGGCCUGCUCGAAGCCAUCCGCUCGAGGGACUGUACUGAUGGGAGGCACUCUCUAUUCUCAAAGCUCGGCGUGGCAAGAAAUGCUUCCAGUCACGUACCAAGUCCGUCAUACGAGUUGGAAGCAGGAGCAAUCUUCACGGACUUUGUUCGUUCGUAUUUCACCAACACAGGGUCGUUGUAUAUUGUCUGUCUGAGCGGCCCCACAAAUAUAUCCCUACCUUCCUGGGUACCUGACUGGCCACGACCGACUGGACGACAGCCACUGCUACUAGGGUUUGGCCAGAGCAAUAAAGCUUCAAUGACCGAACUCGAAAACAUAAUCACCUCAUCGGCUAGGUGGGAACUCGCCGUGACUUUUCCAGCAGAUCAUGUAGAAUUGAGCAUGCUUGGCUGGGUUGUUGAUGACAUUGGAGACUAUGCGGACCAUGUCGACGCUACAAACCCGCUCUUAAAUGCGUUCAAUCUGUUCUGGGGUCUCGACUAUUUCGCAAUCCUUCUGUCCACGUUGACCGGCGCACAGAAGAACGCAGAUGGUGAUGGCUACCUGAUACCACCUGGAGAAUACGAAGAGCUUGCGCAUGUCAUGGCCCAUGUCGAUGGAGAUCGUGCCAGUCGCCAUGGUUGCGAAGAUGCUUGGAUCCUAGAGCAUAGCGAGGCUGUGGUAUGCGGCAAGAGCAUGCCAGCGUUGGCGCGGGAGUACCUGGUGAUUCGGGGAAAACGUCAUCGCACAUCAAGUGGCUUAAAGCGAUCGACCAACAUCUUGAUCAACAAAAUGAGCGCCGGUCGCAAAUUGGCAGGGACAAAGCGAGGAUGGCCUGUACUGGUCCCGACGAACGCGGUUGGUCGGGAUCUUAUCUGUGUGCUAUGGUAUUGUCCCGUUCCUGUGGUUCUCCGAAAAGUCCAUGAUCAUUACAUUCCGGUUGGAGAGUGCUAUCACUAUGAGCAUAUGAGCCAGUUUUGCCACAACAGGACUGUCUCCAAUCGUGAUGACUCAAAUAGCAGUGACGAGGAUAAGCUUCUACCUGUUCUACCCCCAUCGAGCGUACAACCGAUGUGCUGGGAGAAUUUGUAUCCUGAAGGCAGGCCAUACUCAAGAGAACAACCAGACACAUUGUUCAACAUACGCUGA